GCUGGACCAGGAAUUCCACCUCAACUCCUCAGCUUAAAAACCAGAGCGGCCCCUCUCCAUUUCUUCUGGUCAUCGUUCUUCUUCUUCCUUUCGGCGCCAUUGUUCUAUGGCAACUAUCUCUCUCCCCUCCUCCGUUCCUCCGUCUGCUCCUUGGCCCAACCCCAACCUCAAUUCGUCUUCUCUUCCAGCUCUGGAGUCUACUGCGAGCGACCUUAUUGCCGGAAAAGGGGAAGGAGGAAACGACCACCACGAGGCUUCCCCGGACGACGCGUCAACUUAUCGGGAAAGCCACGACGUGACCGGCAGCUCUCCUCCGUCAAUCGACGCCUCAGACCUCUCCAUUCCGUCCAUCUCCGCCAUCUUCCCCGCCCCUCCGAACGCGAACCCUAACCCUAGGCGCCCGCCCACCUCCCUCUUCCACCUUGGCUUCAACCAGGACGCCGCCUGCUUCUCCGUAGCAACUGACUGCGGCUUCCAGAUCUUCAACUCUGAUCCUCUUACCGAGACUUUCCGCCGCGACUUCGAUGGCGGGGGUGUGGGCAUCGUCGAGAUGCUCUUCCGGUCUAACGUCUUCGCUCUUGUCGGGGGCGGGCCAUCGCCGCUGUAUCCCCCGACGAAGGUCAUGCUCUGGGAGGACGACAAGGACCGGUUCAUGGCGGAGCUCUCCUUCCGGGCGCCCGUCCGCGGGGUCAGACUCCGCCGAGACCGCAUUAUCGUCAUCCUCGAGCACCGCAUCUUCGUUUAUGGCUUUUUCGACCUCCGCCUGCUGCACCAGAUAGAAACUAUGUCGAACCCCAAGGGUCUGUGUGCAGUGUCGCAGGGGUCGACGUCCGCUGUCCUCGUCUGCCCUGGGUUGCAAAAAGGGCAGAUUAGAGUGGAAAAUUAUGGGUCUAGAAGGACCAAGUGUAUCAUGGCGCAUGAUUCCCGGGUCUCCUGCAUUGCCCUCACGCUGGAUGGGCAGCUCGUGGCGACCUCCAGCUCUAAGGGGACGCUUAUUCGAAUCUUUAGCACUGCGGAAGGCACGUUGCUGCAAGAGGUUCGAAGAGGUGCAGAUCGGGCCGACAUAUACAGUCUGGCAUUUUCUUCUACAGCAAAAUGGCUUGCAGUAUCCAGCGACAAGGGAACAGUUCAUGUUUUUAGCGUCAAAAUUAAUCAAGGACCACAGGAGCAGGAAAAUAUGCCCGUUCCGAAGCCUGAUGUUAGUCCUGUUCCAACUACUGGUCACAAUCUUGCUUCAUCCCUUUCAUUUAUUAGGGGCGUGUUGCCUAGGUAUUUUAAUUCAGAAUGGUCUGUUGCUCAGUUCCGCUUACCAGAAGGAUCUAAGUGCAUAGUGGCUUUUGGGCACCAGAAGAACACUAUAAUGGUUCUUGGUUUUGAUGGAAGCUUUUAUAGAUGCCAAUUUGAUCCAUCUACUGGUGGGGAAAUGCUUCAAAUGGAGUUCCACAACUUUCUGAAAGGAGAAGAUUCCUAGUGGAGCCUAAAGGCACAUUCAUACUGUCCCUCCGAGGACUAAUUGUAACAUAAUGUCUAGCUUAAUAGUUUCUGUAUAUGGCUGUAAAUAGGCCCUUUGAAUCAUAAUAUAACAGACUGCAUCUGUAAAUAUGCCGACUAUGGCAGCACUCUGCUUUUGUUGGGAACGCUGGUUGGCUUAAUUGCCUGACCAUUUACAAAGUCUGUCUGAAUUGUUUUAAUGGUGGAAACUAGUUCCCGAUUUCUAAGAA